AUGACUUUUGUUAUUCUUUUAGCUGCCGACUGUUUGUACAAGAAGAAGAGAAUAAAAUUGGGUGAAGUUAUUGAGAAUAGUUGCAAGAAUUAUUGCGAAUGUCAAAAAAGCGGCAUCUCUUGUCGUCCGGUAUGUCCUCUGACCGUCAAAAAACCACGCGAAAAUUGCUUAACUACUUACCUGCCAAUCGACUGCUGUCUUUCUUGGAUAUGCCAACCAGAGAGACGUGAGUUCAGCGCGGUUUCAACAUCAGCGUGUUUUGAGCUGGAGGGCCCUUGUCAGUUGCCUCACCGGAAAUUCGCCGACGACGUCAUAGAAGUGAUUCGAACUCGAGCAGAGGAAGGAAGCAGUCGUGUCUGCGGCGGCACAACGACCGGAUGUGCCACUGUCCACGUGCAGGUCACGUGCGCCAAUACACCCGGAAACGCCACGAACGGUGCCAAACACAGACCCAACGUCCGAGUCUGCAUUAAAUGGAGAGUCAGGCGAAAGCUUUCCCGUGCGUUUGACAUUAUUGCCAAAGAACUGAAGAUGUUUGUCAAUAAUAUAUACAGGCAGUUUGUCGCCAAAGACUUCAGGAUACUUAUACAGGGAAUACGAUACGGACCAAUCCAGAACUGGCACUUAUCAUCUUUGAUUGAAGAAUGCGAUGAAGGUUUUAAUAAACAUGAUUCCGAUUGUGGUAGGUAA